AUGCUCCUGUUUCUUUGUAGUUUUGCCAUUUUUGCGAAUGCUGAAAAUUUGGUGACUGUGACGACGGAUUUAGGAGAUAUUCAGGGUUUCCAUGUGGACUACGGCACCGAUUCAAGCCAACUUUACUACGGGAAUGCGGACAUUUUCUUGGGAAUUCCCUAUGUUGAGCCACCAUUGGGCGAUUUGCGAUUCGCCAAGCCAAAACCGAUCACGAAAUUCCCACAGCCUAUGAUUAAUGCAACUUCGUGGAAGCCAGCUUGUCCUCAGGCGGAACCCUGUGGAACGAUGAAAGCCCCAUACGAUGAGGAUUGCUUAUAUCUGAAUGUUUUUGCUCCAAAUGGCUCUAGAACUCCAGCCAACAAAGCUGUGAUGGUUUUCAUCCAUGGCGGAUCAUUUGAUAGUGGAUGUGCUCAAGAAUAUCCGUAUAAAGCUGGAGUGCGCACGUUUGUCUCCCAAGAUGUCAUCGUGGUCACUAUUCAGUAUCGACUCGGAUUCUGGGGCUUCUUCACCACUCUCACCGAUGAUUACCCAGCAAAUCGUGGUCUUCUUGAUCAAAUCGAAGCGUUGAAAUGGGUGCAAAAUAACAUUGCUAAAUUCGGGGGUGAUCCGAAAAAAGUGACGAUUUUCGGGGAAUCCGCUGGCUCGGCCUCGGUCUCGGCUCACUCGUUUUCGCCUUUAUCUCGAGGUCUCUUUGCCCAAACAAUCCAGGAGUCUGGCGCGGCGCUCACUUGCCUCAAAACGAUCGCGCAAAGUGUUGAACAGGCGGGAAAAAUGUACACAGGCCAAGUGUUCAGCUCGUUGAUGCAACAAGAAGUCGACUUCUACCUGGCCAACAAUAACACAAAUGUCUAUUUGUGGGAGCAAAGCUAUGCGAGCAAUGUGGGACGGAUCUACAGAUUGCCUGGGGAUUGGGAUCCUGUUCCCCAUUGUGCAGAGUUGUUCUUCAUGUGGGUGCCUGAGGAUGAAUGGACGAGAGCGAUAAAUGCAAGUGAAGUGAUUCCAUUUGAUUGGGAGGUGGCUAAUUGGUACAGCAAGACGUGGACGACUUUUGCGAAAACUGGAAAACCGACAACAGACGACUCGUGGACAGCGGUGAGAAAAGACGCGAAUUUGUACUGGCGAUUGGAUAAACCCGAGAAAAGGGGAAUGCAAAUGGGCGACAGUUGGAGAGAAGUCGAUUCGGUGCUUUGGAAUAGGGUGUUUCCAUCAAUCAUGGCCCAGCCGAUCACCACCAGCUCAUCCUCAUCCCCAUCUCAACCCUCAACUUCUCUAUCAACCGCUCCAACCGAUUCAACGAAAACCUCAAUUCCAUCAUUUAGAAUAUUCAAUAUUGUGCUAGUACUCGUUCUUGGAUUAUUAAAGUUG